CAGUGAGAGAAGUGGUGUGUUGGCAAUGAUUAGAACGAAAUAGUUCCAUAGCCAAAAUAUAUAUUUUUUGACUUUCCGCGUGUAUUUAAGAAUUUGUUUGGGUAUUUGUUAAGUUUGAACAUUUUUUUAAAUCUCUGGUGAAAUAAAAACGUUAUGUUAACGGUAAAAAAAUAUUACGUGCCGAAACCGUGGUCGCGCAUUAAUAAUGUUAAUAGUCACUUGUUUGUUUUCUCUUUCAGCCGUUUGUCUGCAGUUACGCCAUAUUGCAGUGUGUUUUAAUAUAUUACUGACCGUGAAAUAACGUACAGUUUGUGUUUCAGGAUUUUGUGUUAAUAUUGUGUAUUUUAACUUUGUUAUAUUAUUUAUUAUCUACUAUUGUAAUGAUGGAAUUUGUUAUCGUUUUGAUAUUUUGUGUGGUUCUUGUGAUUGCUGUAAUAGUAAUUGGUUCCGGGAUGGGGAAAGCUACUUCUUCGCAGCGUCAGAUGGACAUCAUUAACGUCGCUCAGAACUUAUAUGUUUUAAUUAGGAAAGGCGACUUGAAGAAAUGUGACGUUACGCAGACGACCGCGUUUCUUCUCAACAUCGCAAAGUCAACUGUUCUCAAGUACUACAAGAAAGACAUUGAAGAAGUUUCAACACCAGGAAAAAAGAGGGAAAAAAGGCCACAGGAAGGAAAGUCACUUGACACAGUCGACGAUUUCACAGUAAAUGCAAUCAGGAAUGCAAUUUACAGGAUGUACGCUGAAGGUUUGAAUGUUACAGUCGACACCAUUUUGAAAGAAAUCAGGGAAAGACAAAUAGAUUAUUAUGGUGGAAGAUCAAGUCUUCAUAAAUUGUUAAAGAAGAUGGGAUUUUCAUGGACAACUGUUGAUGGACGAAAAGCUUUGAUAGAGAAUGAAAACAUAGUAUUGCAGCGAAUAGAUUUCUUGAGAAAGUAUAAAGAAGAAAAAGAAAGAGGUGCCAAUUUCAUAUUUGUUGAUGAAACAUGGAUUUUCCAGAGAGGCAAGGCAUUAAUUUAUUUGAAAAUUUGUUCUGUGGUCCAAUACAAAGUAUUUCAUUUCCAUUUCAUAUAUUUUUCAGGAACUGUAUCAAAGUCAUGGCAGGACAAGAGUCUACAAUCUGCGAAGAGACGUACUGUUGGAGAUGGUAAAAGGUUUAUUGUUGUUAAUGCUGGAGGGCGCACUGGCUUUGUGCCAGGAGCAGGAUUACUUUUUGUUUCAGGUCAGAAGACUGCAGACUACCAUGGCGAGAUGAAUGGGGAAACUUUCUUGAUGUGUUUUGAAGACAUGUUGGUGCAUCUUGAGGAACCCAGUGUCAUCAUAAUGGACAAUGCUUCAUAUCACAGCACCCAGGUUGAGAAAACACCUACAACGAACUGGACCAAGGAUGCACUGAUCGCGUGGCUGGAGAAGAAUGAGAUAAAACAUGAAAAUAAUUUGUUGAAAGUGGAGCUGCUGAGAAUAGCUAAACAAAACAAGCCCCGAAUACGAUAUGAGGUAGACGAGUUGGCUCGUAACUAUGGCCACGAAAUUCUACGACUCCCACCCUAUCACUGCCACUAUAAUGCAAUCGAACUAGUUUGGGCUCAAUGUAAACACCAUUACAAUAGUAACGUGGGGCGGGCCAAGAGAUUUGACAAUGAUGCAGUUGCAGCCAUCUGGAAAGAGGCUCUUGAUGCUUCCACACCAGAGAGAUGGGCGAGGUGUGUGGAUCACGUGGAGAAGCUAAUUCAAGCAGACUGGGAGAGAGAAGUCCACAUAGACAGCGGCACCAUUCCUCCACUCAUCAUCCACCUCGGCAAGGAUAGUUCAAGUGAAGACAGUGACAGCGAAGAAUUUGAGGUUACGACACAGCAAGUAGAUGGAGACAGUGAAGUACUGGCAGUUCCUCUUGAUGAUUUACCCGGGUGUUCUUAUUGAGGUCUGUAUGUAAUAAACACCUGGGCAACUGUAAGUAUUGGGGUUUGAAACAUUUUUUUUUCUUUUAUGCAUUCCCAUUAAGUAUGUUGAUUACUGGAACUUUAUGUAUUAACUUUAUAUUACACAUAUUAUGAUAAAUUUAUAAUAAAUUUCAUUUCUGGAUUCGUAUAGGUGUAUGUGAAACAUUUUAUUUUGUUGUGUGUCUUCAUUUUUCAGUGAACUUACUUGGAAAACAAAAAGCCAGUCCCCAUCCAGGGCCACAAAUAAAUAAUGCAUAUAAGUGGUAUAGAAAUUACUGUCAAUUCUUUACCACAAUUUUACUGUUCAUAAAAUUAUGAUUUUGUCUAAUAAGUAUACUCAGGAAAAUGUAUAUAACCAUAUUUUUAUUUGUGGCCUUAACCGGCAAAA